GUGGCCGAACAAGGAAGAGGGCGGAAGUUGAAAGGCUCUUUUCCUGUUUUUGUGAUGUGUGCGGGAGGGCUUGGCUUCCGGAUCGCCGUAGUGACCACGAGGGGCUUCAGCUAGGUAACAGCGGCCGGAAAGUCGUACAGCCAGAUCCUGGGGAGGUCUCCUCACAGCCACGUGAGUAAAGGUAUCUUUCCACAGUCAGAGGCAACCCACGAGAAAGGGAAGGAGAUGGAAGAAGGACCUGGAAUAGGCAAGAGAUCAAGGAAAAGUCCUCAUCCCUCCCAGGUUGGGAGUGGCAUGGAAUAUGGGGAAAGAGGAGUGGCAGAGAUCUUGUCUCAGGAUUCGAUGACUGCAGAUGCACGUAACCGAUGCUUCCGGCAGUUCCGCUACCGUGAAGCUGAUGGACCCCGAGAGGUUUGCAGCCAGCUUCAUACACUUUGCAACCACUGGCUGGAACCAGAAAGGAACACCAAGAAGCAGAUCCUGGACCUGGUGAUUCUGGAGCAGUUUCUGGCCAUCCUGCCCCAGGACAUGCAGUGCUGGGUCAGAGGAUGGGAGCCAGAGACCAGUUCCCAAGCAGUGGUCCUGGCUGAAGGUUUCCUUCUGAACCAGGCAGAGGAGAAGAGGCAGGCAGAGCAGGUUUGGGGAUCAUCUGCAAAAGUGGAAGUGAAGGUCUAUGAGGCAGAAGGAGCUCCAUCAGAGGAAAGACUGAGGGCACAUGCCCAAAAGCGUGCCCAGGAUGCCCUUUCAAGUGCAGCAGAUGUAGAGAAAACUGCUGAGGGAUUCCGGGAAUUCUCUUUGGAAAAAGUCAAGAAUGAAGUUGUUGAAGAAGACGAUGGAGAUGGACUACAGUGGCAAGAGGAAAGCCACACAGCAGCAGAUGUAGAGGAGACAGCUGGGGAAUUCCUGGAAUUCUCUUUGGAAAAUGUCAAGAAUGAAGAUGUUGAAGAAAACUUUGGAGAUGGAGAUGGACUGCAGUGGCAGGAGGAAAGUCACACAGCAGAUGUAGAGGAGACAGCUGGGGAAUUCCAGGGAUUCUCUUUGGAAAAUGUCAAGAAUGAAGAUGCUGAAGGAAACUUUGGAGAUGGAGAUGGACCACAGUGGCAGGAGGAAAGCCCCUCAGGGAAUGAUCAGAGGGAUGAGGAACUGCAUCUUCUACCGCCUGAUGAAAUCAAGAAUGAAGAGGUGAGGGGAAACUUUAGGAAUCAAGGAAGACCACAGAGGCAGAAAGGCAGCCACAUGAUCAAGAAGAUGGGUAGACGCAUCCCUUGCCAAGGAGCAGAUUUCCAUGAAAUCAUUCACAUGGUGGGGGAAACAGACAAGGGCUUGGAGUGCAGAAUGAAUGUCUCAGAUCAAAUCCCAUAUCAUGUCUAUUUACAAAUGCACAGUGGAAAAAAGACCCAUCAGUCUUUGGAGGGUGGAAAGACCAUGAUUCACAGGUUCUCCGAAGGCGGCGAGAGCUUCUCAGAGAAAUCAGAUCUUGUUCAUCACCAAAGGAUUAACUUAGGAGAAAAGCUGUAUAUCUGCUCAGAGACUGGAAUGGCGUUCUCUGAUGGAAGAAAGCAUAAAGUACACUUCCAAAAGAACAGUAUAAUGAAGAAACAUAAAUGCUUUCAGUGUGGAAAGUCCUUCAGAUACAGAUCACAAUUCAAUGUGCACCAAAAGAUCCACAGAGGAGAGAAACGUUUUGAAUCCUCAGAGAGUGUGAAGGGAUUUGGUCAGAGUGGCACUCCUCAACACUAUCAACAAAUCCAUACAGGGGAGAAGCCUUUUGAAUGUUCAGAGUGUGGAAAGAAUUUCAGUCACAGUAGCAGUCUUCAACGGCAUCAACGAACCCAUACAGGGGAGAAGCCUUUUGAAUGCUUGGAUUGCGGGAAGAGAUUUAGUCGCAGUAGCAAUCUUCAGCGGCAUCAACAAACCCACACAGGGGAGAAGCCUUUCGAAUGUGCAGAGUGUGGGAAGAGAUAUAGUCACAUUGAACGUUUUCAUCUACAUCAACUAGACCAUACAGGAGAGAAGCCGUUUGAAUGUUCAGAAUGUGGGAAGAGAUUUAGUCAUAGUAGCACUCUUCAACAACAUCAACGAAUCCACACAGCGGAGAACCUUUUUGAAUGCUCAGAGUGUGGGAAGAGAUUCACUCAUAGUAGCAAUCUUCAGCGGCAUGAACAAACGCAUACAGGGGAGAAGCCUUUUGAAUGCUUAGACUGUGGGAAGAGGUUCAGCAGCAGUAGCAAUCUUCAGCGGCAUCAACGAACUCACACAGGGGAGAAGCCUUUUGAAUGUUCGGAGUGUGGGAAGAGAUUCAGUCAAAAUAGCACUCUUCAGCAGCAUCAACGAACCCACACAGGGGAGAAGCCCUUUGAAUGCUCAGAGUGCGGGAAGAGAUUCAGUCAGAGUAGCACUCUUCAGCAGCAUCAACAAGCUCACAAAGGGGAGAAGCCCUUUGAAUGCUCAGAGUGUGGAAGGAGAUUCAGUCGGAUUAGCAAUCUUCAUCUGCAUCAACAAGUCCAUACAGAGGAGAAGCCCUUUGAAUGUUCAGAGUGUGGGAAGAGAUUCAGUCAUAGUAGCACUCUUAAAAAGCAUCAGCGAACCCACACAGGGGAGAAGCCCUUCGAAUGCUUAGAGUGUGGGAAUAGAUUCACUUGCAGUAGCAAUCUUCAACGGCAUCAACGAACCCACACCGGGGAUAAACCCCUUGAAUGCUCAGAAUGUGGGAAAAGAUUCAGUCGGAGCGGCGCUCUUAAAAAGCAUCAACGAACCCACACAGGAGAGAAGCCCUUUGAAUGCUUAGAGUAUGGGAAUAGAUUGAGUGGAAGUAGCAAUCUUCAGUGGCAUCAACAAACGCAUACAGGGGAGGAGAAGCCCCUUGAAUGCUCAGUGUGGGAAGAAAUUCAGUCAUAGUGGACAUUUUCAUAAGCAUCAAGACCACAUAGUGGAGAAGCUCUUUGAAUAUUCAGAGUGUGAAAAGAGAUUAAAUCAGAGUAGCAAUCUUCAAUAGUAUCUCAGAACCCACACAGGGGAGAAGCCCUUUGAAUGCUCAGAGUGUGCGAAGAGAUUCAGUUAUAACAGCGCUCUUCAACAGGAUCAACUAACCCAUACAGGGGAGAAGCAUUUUGAACAAGAUGUAACAAGAAUGGUGCUCUUCAACAGCAUCAACAAACCCACACAGGGCAGAAGCCCUUUGAAUGCUUAGUGUGGGAAGAGGUUCAGUUAGAGGGGCCAUUUUCAAGAGCAUCCGUGAAGCCAUUCAGAGGGGAAGCCCUUUGAAUGCUCAGAGUGUGGGUAGAGAUUCUCUCAAAGUGGGGCUCUUCAACAGCAUCUAAGAGCCCCUAUAAGGAGCAACCAUAUGAGUACUUAACUCUGAUUGUCAAAUUCAUUUAUUAUGAGGGCAAAAUCUGACAGAAAUGUCAUUUUUUUUUCAAGCUGGGCCAUGUAUAUGAAAGAAUGUAAUGCCAUGUGCGUACCAGGGGUAUAAACUUUAAAAAGGAUGUAUGCAAAUCCAAUUAACAAUAUUAUUUUUACUCAGUAAUCAAACAGCCUUACAAUAUUUCCUUUAUUUAACAGGCUUUGAUAACUGGCGUAUCUUGCUCUGAAUUUUUGCUUGUAAAUUUGGAUCAGAGUCUUUGUUGUAGCAAUCUUAAAUAUGCUGUUUGUGUUUCUUUAUACAACAAAUAUACUUUUAAGUUAUGGAAA